GGCAGGUCCGCGGAAGGCGGCAGCCCUCUCAGGGGCCGGCGGAGGCAGCGGGCUGCUCUCCCGGAGCCCCACAGCUCAGGCUCCCCGCCGCUGCCGCCGCCUCCCAGGAGCGGCUUCCCAGCCGGCGGCGUUUCCGCGCUUGGGACAGCGGAAAGCGAUGCGGGUAGCAGCAAGCCGCUAGGCGGUGCCUGGGCUCGGUGUUCCCCUUUCCCCUUCCCGGCGGAGGAUGCUGCCGUUGCUGGAAGAAGAGGCGGGCGGCUGACUUUCUUCCCCGACCCGCCCAGGCGGCGGCGGCGGCGGCGGUUGUCUCCCCUCAGGACUUGGCGGCGGCGAUGGGCGAGAAAGUUUCCGCCGAGCAGCAGCUGCGGCAAGAUUACGGCGGCGGCCGGAGGGUCUCGUCCUCUUCUUCCAGCUCGUCAGGCUCGCAAACUCUCUCCGAGGAGGGCGACGGCGAUGCCUCAGCCGGGCAGCUCGGCGGGACGGGCUUCGCUGCCCCCCUCAGCCGCGGCGCCCCCCAGCGGCAGGUGGCGGCGGCGGCGGCUUCUUUCCCCCUCGCCGGGGAGAAGGGCGACCAUGUGUUGGGCGAGGGGCAGCGCCGUCGGGGGAGCGAGGAGGAAGAGGACUCGGCCAGUGGCGGAGGCGGCGGCCACUUUCGUCCCGAGAGCGACGCCUCGCUGGAGGAGCAGGACGAGGAGCUUGAUAGUAUAUUGUCACCUCCAUCUAUGCCAUUUCGGAAAUCCAGCAACCCUGAAGUUUCUUCUGGCCCCAGCAAGCCACUGAAAUUUAAAAGGCAACUCAGUGAAGAUGGGAGACCAUUUAGAAGAGGAAGUCUUGGAGGAGCUCUGACUGGUAGGUACUUGCUGCCAAAUGCUGUUACACAACAGUCAUGGCAAACUGGAGAAACUUCCAAUCUUGUCCGAAUGCGCAGUCAAGCUCUUGGGCAGUCAGCACCUUCUCUGACAGCUAGCUUGGAAGGGACACCUCAGAAGAGCCAUUUCAGCUCAACAAGACAUCGCCAGAGACUAGUGGAACCAGCCACUACAAAAAAGGAACUGAGCCUUCCAAGAAGGGGAAGUUUUUGCCGGACAAGUAACCGAAAAAGUCUGAUAUGCAAUGGACAGUCCCCAGCUAUGCCCCGGCCCCAUUCGCCACUUUCAGCUCAUGCAGGGAGCAGUCCUCAAGAUAGCCCUAGAAAUUUUUCUCCUAGUGCCUCAGCCCACUUUUCUUUUGCACGAAGUCAUGGGCAUCGAAACGAGAGGACUGAUGGACGACGUUGGUCACUGGCAUCUCUCCCCUCUUCUGGCUAUGGUACAAAUACUCCAAGCUCAACUGUUUCAUCAUCCUGUUCCUCCCAAGAGAAGUUGCACCAGUUACCAUACCAACCAACUCCAGACGAACUACAUUUUUUGUCUAAACAUUUCUGUGCCACUGAAAGCAUUGCCAGUGAUAAUAGAUGUAGGACCACUCAAAUGCGGCCGCGAUCCAGAAGCCUGAGCCCUGGACGUUCUCCUGCCUGCUGUGACCAUGAAAUCAUUAUGAUGAACCAUGUGUACAAAGAAAGAUUCCCAAAGGCUACUGCUCAGAUGGAAGAGCGACUUCAGGAGAUUAUCACCAGCCACUCUCCUGAUAACGUCCUUCCCUUGGCAGAUGGAGUUCUCAGUUUCACCCACCACCAGAUCAUUGAGCUGGCUCGUGAUUGCUUGGAUAAAUCUCAUCAGGGCCUCAUCACCUCACGAUACUUCUUCGAGUUACAGCACAAAUUGGAUAAGCUCCUACAAGAGGCCCAAGAACGAUCAGAAAGUGGAGAACUGGCAUUUAUUAAGCAGCUCGUCCGAAAGAUUCUUAUUGUCAUAGCACGUCCUGCUCGCUUACUGGAAUGUUUGGAAUUUGAUCCUGAGGAAUUUUACUAUCUUCUUGAAGCUGCUGAAGGACAUGCAAAAGAGGGACAGGGCAUUAAAACUGACAUUCCUAGAUAUAUUAUCAGUCAACUGGGAUUGAAUAAGGAUCCUUUGGAAGAAAUAGCCCAGCUAGCAAACUAUGACAGUGGAACUGCAGCAACUCCAGAAACUGAUGAAUCAGUUAGUAGUUCCAAUGCAUCCCUUAAACUUAAAAGGAAGCCUCGUGAAAGUGAUUUUGAGACAAUUAAGCUGAUUAGUAAUGGAGCAUAUGGUGCUGUUUAUUUGGUGCGGUAUAAAGAAACCAGACAGAGGUUUGCGAUGAAGAAGAUUAACAAACAGAAUCUCAUUCUUCGAAACCAGAUUCAACAGGCUUUUGUUGAGCGUGAUAUCCUGACAUUUGCAGAAAAUCCAUUUGUAGUCAGCAUGUACUGUUCCUUUGAAGCUAGACGCCAUUUAUGCAUGGUCAUGGAAUAUGUAGAAGGUGGAGAUUGUGCUACUUUAAUGAAAAAUAUGGGACCUCUGCCAGUAGACAUGGCCAGAAUGUAUUUUGCAGAGACUGUUCUGGCAUUGGAGUAUCUCCACAACUAUGGAAUAGUACACAGGGAUUUGAAACCAGAUAAUUUACUGGUAACUUCCAUGGGGCAUAUAAAGUUAACAGAUUUUGGACUAUCUAAGGUUGGCCUCAUGAGUAUGACCACCAAUCUUUAUGAGGGUCACAUUGAGAAGGAUGCUAGAGAAUUUCUGGAUAAACAGGUCUGUGGCACGCCAGAAUAUAUUGCUCCAGAAGUAAUUCUAAGACAGGGCUAUGGCAAGCCAGUGGACUGGUGGUCUAUGGGAAUUAUUCUUUAUGAGUUUCUUGUUGGGUGUGUUCCUUUCUUUGGUGAUACACCGGAGGAGCUAUUUGGACAAGUAAUCAGCGAUGAGAUCAACUGGCCAGAAAAAGAUGAAGCACCACCUCCGGAUGCCCAGGAACUGAUUACUUUGCUUCUGAGACAAAACCCCUUGGAGAGAUUGGGAACAGGUGGUGCUUAUGAGGUGAAACAGCACCCGUUCUUCCAAAACUUAGAUUGGAAUAGUUUGCUGAGACAGAAGGCAGAAUUCAUUCCUCAGCUGGAAUCUGAAGAUGACACAAGCUACUUUGACACUCGUUCUGAGAAAUACCACCACAUGGAAACUGAAGAAGAGGAUGAUACAAAUGAUGAAGAUUUUAAUUUGGAGAUUAGGCAGUUUUCCUCAUGUUCGCAUCGAUUUUCAAAAGUUUUUAGCAGUAUAGAUCGAGGAACUCGAAAUCAAACUGCAGAGAAGGAAGAUACAACAGAGAGAACAAAGAACGUAGUACUAACAUCUGCAGAAUCUUUAAGCUGGAGCUCAGAAUAUUCUGAAAUGCAGCAACUAUCUACAUCUUUGUCUUCUGGUACUGAAAGUUCUAGGCAACGUCACAGUUCAGGGUUACUUCCAAAAUUGUCAGUAUCAGCUGAAGGAGAUGAAGAAGAAUCACCACGUUCUGCUGGAUCCUGCAAAGAUCAAGAAAAGGUUGCAUUUGUCAGUGAGGAAAUUGUUUUAGAUGAAGUGGAGGUAACAACUCCAGCAAGCACAAUCAGUAGCUCCACUCUGUCAGUUGGAAGUUUUUCAGAGCACUUGGAUCAGAUAAAUGGAAGAAGUGAGUGUGUGGACAGCACUGAUAAUUCCUCAAAGCCUUCCAAUGAACAAGCAUCUCAUAUGGCUCGUCAGCGAUUAGAAACAACAGAGAAAAAGAAAAUCUCUGGAAAAGUCACAAAGUCCCUCUCGGCCAGUGCUCUAUCCCUUAUGAUUCCAGGAGAUAUAUUUGGUGUGUCUCCUUUGGGAAGUCCAAUGUCCCCCCAUUCCGUGUCUUCAGAUCCUUCGUCUUCUAGAGAUUCUUCGCCUAGCCGUGAUUCUUCAGCUGCUUCUGCAAGUCCUCAUCAGCCUGUCAUAAUUCACACCUCAGGCAAGAAGUAUGGAUUUACUAUCCGCGCAAUCAGAGUGUAUGUGGGUGAUAGCGACAUCUACACAGUACAGCAUAUUGUCUGGAAUGUUGAAGAAGGAAGUUCGGCUUAUCAUGCUGGAUUGAAAGCUGGUGACCUCAUCACACAUAUCAACGGAGAACCAGUGCAUGGCCUUGUUCAUACUGAAGUCAUAGAACUGUUAUUAAAGAGUGGCAAUAAAGUGUCAAUUACUACAACAGCCUUUGAGAAUACUUCAAUAAAAACAGGACCAGCUAGAAGAAAUAGCUAUAGGGGCCGAAUGGUUAGACGGAGUAAGAAAACGAAAAAGAAGGAGAGUUUGGAAAGGAGAAGAUCUCUCUUCAAAAAGCUGGCUAAGCAGCCUUCGCCCCUCCUUCAUACUAGUCGGAGUUUCUCCUGCCUGAACCGAUCUCUCUCAUCAGGGGAGAGCUUACCUGGUUCUCCAACUCACAGCUUGUCUCCCCGCUCACCAACACCCAGCCUCCGCUCCACCCCCGAUUUCCCCUCAGGUACAAAUUCUUCUCAGAGUAGCUCUCCAAGUUCAAGUGCACCCAAUUCUCCAGCUGGUUCUGGGCAUAUUAGGCCCAGCACACUUCAUGGUUUGGGGCCCAAGCUCGGUGGGCAAAGAUACAGGUCAGGAAGACGCAAAUCAGCUGGUAGCAUUCCUCUCUCUCCUUUGGCACGGACGCCUUCUCCAACACCUCAACCAACAUCUCCUCAGCGGUCUCCAUCACCUUUACUGGGGCAUUCAAUUGGAAACACAAAAAUAGCUCAGGCUUUCCCUUCAAAAAUGCACUCUCCUCCCACUAUUGUCAGACACAUAGUGAGGCCUAAGAGUGCAGAACCACCAAGGUCUCCUUUGCUCAAGAGGGUUCAGUCAGAAGAGAAACUUGCCCCUUCUUAUGGCACUGACAAGAAACACUUGUGCUCUCGCAAGCACAGCCUGGAAGUAACUCAGGAAGAAGUUAAUAGAGAGGUAUCUCAACGGGAUACAACCCUCCAGAGCCUGGAGGAGAAUGUUUCUGAUGUGCCAUCACUCACACGAGUGAGACCUGCUGAACAAGGCUGCCUGAAACGUCCCAUUUCCAGGAAGUUGGGCAGGCAAGAAUCUGUUGAUGAGCUGGAUAAAGAAAAAUUAAAGGUUAAGAUAGUUGUGAAGAAGCAAGAUCUGGCAGAGAAACAGGAAUAUUUGCAGAAAGCAAGCACCGUACAUGAAAUUUGUGGUGAAUCAGAAAACCCAGUUGCCUCAUGCUUAGAAGAGAGAGAUGGCAAAAAAGCAUUUCAGAAAGCUUUGGAAAGAUCAAACCACUUUGAAGCUAAAAUUGCAGCUCUGGAGACAGAGUCAGUAGGUGGCAUGCUAAAAGACACCCUUCAGAAGAAUGCAAGCAUGAGAUCAAAUGAUUGUACUGCUUUGGAUGCGCACACACCAUGUCAUGGGCCUCCGCUUAAUGAGCUCAGUCAUUUGUCUUAUGACUUCAAAAGAAUCCCCCCUCCAUGUACAUUGCAAAAUGUUCUGCCUCACUCAUCUGACAAGAUGCCGAAUGGGAAAGGAGAAAAUGUAGAUAAAACUGCACCGACAAAAGAACCUGUCAAAUUUGAAAGAUUAGAUAGUAAGCUUGCAAAUAUUGAUUAUCUCCGGAAGAAAAUGUCCUUUGAAGAAAAAGAUGACAACUCCUGUCCAGUGCUAAAGUCCAAACUGACACCAAGUGUACAUGAAUGCCAUCAGCUGAGUGCAGUCAGACCUAUAAACAUGCUGCAAGAUUCCACCUCGGUGACUGAAAGCCGAUCAUUUAUUAGCAGUCCUCAUGCCACUCAGAUUAACUCCGUUCCUUUCAUUCCUCUCAAAGGAUUGACUGGCCGAACAGAAGCUGGUGUGGAGAAAUCAGCCUUGAUUUCCACAGAGUCACCUGUCCGAAAGAGUCCUUCAGAAUAUAAGUUAGAAGGGAGGUCUGUGUCUUGCUUGAAGCCAAUUGAAGGAACCUUAGAUAUUGCUUUAAUUUCUGGGCCACAAUCUUCAAAGACAGAAGUGUCUUCAUGUGCAGUUGCAGGGGGCCAAAAUGCCAAAAACGAUGGCCAACCACUCAUCUGCCAAGGAGGCAUCAGUGUAAAGGUUGAGCCGUCUUGUCAGAAAGUGCAGCCACCAGCCUUUCAACAGUCCACUCCUUAUGAAUCUAAUCUGCUAAAGUUCCAGUCUCCAAAGCCAAAUAAAAGUACUCAGAGCUCACCAGCAAUGCCUGUGACCACUGAACAGCAGUCAGAAAAGACACUUUCCAAUUUCAGUGCUAAAUGUGACCCCUCUCUAAAGGUGGUUAAUCAAAAGAAAGAGGUUAUUCAGCUUUCAGCACAUGAGGCUAAAUCCAGCAGUUCCCAAAACCAGAGUUCCACCUUGACAAGUUGCAAAUCUGCCCAUGCACAGGGAAAUCCCGAGAAAGCCAAACGGAAGGAGAAGAAAACCUACAAAGAAGGACCAGACAACCACACAAGGCCUCAACCAAGUGAGAGCAUCCUUCCAGAGAAGCCUAAGGCAGUUGAGGUUUCUCCAUCAAAGAAAUCUGUUACAGACGUGUCACCGAAUCAGGAUGCAAAACGCAUUCAGAGGUAUUCCUUUGAUUCAGCUGCUCAGCAGCAAAUACGUGGAAUAGCAAAAGUACAAAUAGCAAGCUCGAAAACAAAGUUCAAAGAUGUGCUCAAGCCAUUGGUGAAAGAGGAUGAUAACACCACUAGAGACUAUUCAGCAAAUGAGUUGGGCCUGCAGAAAGCAAGUGGAUGUUCCAAGCCUGAAGCAUCACUUCUGGCUGGUGCAACCGUGCAAACGGACCAGGGGGGAAAAGAACAGAAGCAGCCCAAAAAUGCGGAGCCUCCAGCUGGUAACAAAGAGGCCAGCAUUGCUUCUAGGCAACAAGGUAGCAAUUCUGAUCUUCCCGCUGCAAAAGAAUUAUUAAACAGGCCCUGUGUAGUGGAUGCUCCUGGUUGCUGCAGCAUUAAAGAUAAUAUGAGACCUGCAACAUACAUGGAAAAUAGCACUGUUAAAUCUAGACCAGUUCCUGACACUUGUUUCUCGAAAUUGAAACAUUCUGAAAAACAGACACAAAAGCAAAUAGCUACAAAUGUAAAAGAAAAAGAAACUGGCUCUCAUGCUUUGGCCAGCUCUGUGAAGGAGGGGAAAAACAUCAAUAAGUCUGCACUGGAUUCUUUUUCACACCCUCCAAGCUCUCGGAGAAAGCUAAAUAAUGAGCAAAUGCAGGCAGAAAGGCAUCUGGUCAUAGAAUGUGGGUCAGAACCCUCAAUCCACAUCAAUAGCACCUUGCCUGAAAAACAGCUUAAAUCCUCCAAUAAAAAGCAGGCGGCGGCAGCAGCCCCAGAUGGCGCUAAGCAUUUUCAGAGGCAAGAGAUGGCAAGUUUAAACGACCCUGUUGAUCAAAAGCCAUUCAGUAUGCGCACCAAGCAGAACACGCCUCCCAAGACAUCGUCAGCUGUAAAAGAGGGCUCCCCUUUGAGCAAACCGGCCGACAAGAGCCUGAACAUUCAGGCCACCUCUGCAGAAAUGCAACCUGAAGGGGGGAAAUGCACCGAUGCACUUUAUUUCCAAACUGACCAUGGGAAGCCAGAUCCUAACCUUUCCCUUCUUAGCUGUGAUGCCAGAGGAAAAGCAGUGGAAAAGGCAGUCACGGGUGCGAAGAACUUUCAAGACACUAAAGGGAAAGGGCACAUGAAUCAAAAGCAGUUAUCCGAGGGGAGCAAGCAGCAUGCUGCAAAACAUUCCUCCACCCCGGCUUUGCAGAGUUCAUGUCGCGCAGCUUCAAAGCAGCUUGAGUGCCCACCCAGCUUCCCUGAAUCUAGGCCGGAAGCCCCUGUUCUGCCUUCAGCAAAGGCUAGCCUGGGGUCCCCCGAGCCACUUGCACUGAGCAGCAGGGAAGUGAAAAAGCAAGCCAGCUCUUCCUCAGCGGACGGCAGGGCAGAAAUGACUAAAAGUGUUUCCCUGUUGGGCUUGCACUAUACUCCGUCCCCUGCGGAAGAGAACAUUCCCACUUCAGACUUGGCGGGGAAGCACAAAAGCCAAGAGAGGUCUCACUCUGCUGUGGAUAUGAAGGGGAAAGACCCCGGUCUGCCUCAGUCUUCUGCCGCGAGAAAACCGAAUGUAGGUAAAGAUUUACCAAAGUCAGGGACUCCAGCUGACUCUCCCAAUGCACUUUCAGCCGACAAAGACUCUGCCCGGCCGAGGCGAGGAAAAGACACCUCCCGAAGCAGCCCUCACAAAAAACCCUCCCAAUAGCAAGACGUGCAAAUAGGACUGAAAACCUAGUGUCUUGUCUUACCUUCAGCACUGUGUAGUAUUUUCUUGCAGAAAAAAAAUAUUCAGCGCCACUUAAGCAGGGUGUGUAAAGAAAGGACUCGUUUCCUUCCCCCCUCAAAAUUCCUUCCCAAAUGUAACCGGUUAAACUGUUACCAUAUUGUAUUUGUACAAAAAUACUUUUACAAUUUGAGAGACAGGUUGUGGGCGGGGUGGGAUGACAAAUUAUCUGUAAAUACUUACUAGUGUGUAUCGUUUAGAAUGUAGUGUCUCUACUUUGCUGCUGAUUGCAUUGUUUACUGUAUCUUUUUAAUGAUAGUUGCUUUGCCACUAGUUUGCCAUAAUUUAAGAAGAAGCAGAAUUACUAAAACUUGGGGCUAGACGGAACCCACAAAUAUAUAUUGGUCUGAAGGGAGAAGAAAGAUGCUCCAUUCUUUCCUUGUUCAAAAAGCUGUGCACAACUCUAAAAUAGAAGAAGUGAUAAAUCUAAUGACUUUCAGUGAAUUUAGAAUUGUAUUUAAGAGCAGCAAGGUUGGUAUUAUUGUAGUGAGCUAACUUUGCCAGUUAAAACUGGAGCUCUUCAGUACACAAUUUCUGCCUCUUGUGUAGACUAUGUGCAUGAUUGGGAAAGAGAAGUCUCCAUUAUCAUGGGUACACCAUCCCAUUCACAAUAUAGUUUUCUGGUAAUAUGAAAUUGCCCUGUGUUCUUUCAUCUCAUCCUGGGCUUUAGACUAAAAUACCUUUCCUGCUGCCUUGAUUCAGCUCACAUUUGUUUCUGUCCAGGCCUUUCUGGUAUGAAGAACAUACAGAUGUGCAUGGCAUAAAGUGUUGAAACAAUUUUCAUGUACACAAAUGAAUCAUCUUUGUCAUGAUAGGAAGAUUUGAGCAUUUAGCAGUUCAGCUUUCUUUUCUAUUUUAUGACAAAAGUGGUGGAGGCGUUUUUCAGCAUUGUAUCUAGAUGAUAUAUCAAACACCUGAUAACAUUUUAAUACCUAGCUGGGGCCUUAUGUUGUAGAUUAAUCUUGCUGUUUUUAGCAAGUCAUCCUAGGUUUAACAUUCUUCUUGAAGUACAUUAAGUAGCUCUAUACAUUUCAUAUUGUGAUCUUUAUUUGUAUGCAAAAGAAGUAAAUGUAUUUUUUUUAAUGAAAAGGCAUUCUUUUGUAGAAAAACUGGGGGCUGUUGGAGCUUUUUGGUGCUAGAAUGUUGGUGUUCUUUUUACUUUUUGCUAAGCCUUAUGUGAAUUUUGUGUAUAGUGGAAUAUGUCGAAUUUGUCUGAUUAAAUUUGGAGGGAAAGUAUUUGGUUUUUUGGAAACAUGUACAGCAACACUCCAGAAAGAUUAUCACAGAUAAGUAUGCUAAAACGACUGGGAUCCACAAAACAAUUGUGCUUUUUUUCUUCUAUAUUUCCUUGCAAAAGCUCAUUUAAUGCUGACCCUCCUUCAGGGCAUUUCCCCCGCUCCCCGCACACCAUUUCCCUAGCUAUAUUUACCCAAGCAUAACCCAAUUAUGAAUUGGCUGCUUGUAAGGUAUUUACAAGUAUGCUAAAUGCAUUUUCCUGAGAAAAAUGAGUAAACCAAUUGGGAUUUUGUUCAUUUUUGAAAUCCUUGUUAAGAAAAUAAAAUUACCAGCAAGUCCCUGUAAUUUUCCAUACAGUGAUGGAAUAUUCUUUUUCUUUCCAUGUGCUCAUGAAUUAUUAAAAUCAACUGGGGGAAAACAUUUUGAAGUGAGUGGUUCUAGCAUUUAUAGCCUAUAUCUGUGCUUUGGGGGUUGAAAUAAUUAAACACUAAUGCACUCCAAAAUCAUGACAUUUCUAUCUGGGAGUUAUCCCAUAGUUUACAUUUGCUUGCAAGUUAAAAAAACCUUCCACUUGUUUCCCUUAAAGCACACCUCUUGUUUACAAAUGUAUCUUUUUAUGUAUAUUUUGUAUAGUGCUUUAUCACUUCUGCCAAAUACUUCCCGCCUAUUUUAGAAAUGUAGUGGCACCUAAGCUUGCAUUCAUGUAGUUUCCUUGUUCUUGAUGUUUACCUUACAGUGAACUGUUAGAGAUCCUCUUUAGUGUGUACUCUUUUGUCAGUCUAUGUGUUGGUUGUAUAUUAGAAUGACCCUUUGUAGUUCUUCCUACUGUAGAUUAUCAAAUUAUUAAAAAAAAAAAGUUAGGAUCUGUGCAAUAAAGUGUUUGCAGUCUUAUUUUCUUUAAGAAAUCCACAUGGAUGACCUAACCUUUGGGUAUUGAAUAAAAGUAUUUAUACUUAUGAAGAACAUUAAAAUAAAACUGAGCAUGAAAGGGAA